CCCCAAAUUUCACAACCACCAAAAGAAACGAAACCACGAAGCAGGGCUAUGGGGAAAUAAUACCACCACCAACCACCAUGCCUGCUCUCUCCAGCACAACAACUCUACCACCUCCAUGGCAAAUUCAAAGCCAAAUAGAAAACAACCAACAACAGCAACAAGACGAAGAAGAAGAUGAACAAGAUGAAAAUGAAAAUGAUAUCCAUCUCCACAAACGAACCUCUCCCCCCCAGAUCCCCCUCCCCAAAAACGACUACCUCACAAUCUCCAUCCCAUCCACCUACGGCCGCCUGAACACGUCGCCCGCCCCCGGCACAGUCGUCGGCAUCGUGCUCGGCAGCAUCGCAGGCUUUCUCUUCCUGCUCUACCUGCUUUAUCUGGGUUUAGGAGCGGGACGGCGCUUCGGAAGCGUUACGGCGGGUACAACUGCUACGAUGACGACCAUGUCGACGACGUCUGCGUCCGAGUCUGUCGAUUUAGGCGGGAGGGGCGGCUACUAUCGGGAUCGGAAGCGGUAUCGGCGGGGUCAUGGUGGGGGAGGUGGAGGAGCAUGGGUGAGGAGGCCUCGUCGUGGUGGUGGUGGUGAUGGCGGCGUGGUGGAGGUUGAGGAGGAGGUGUCGCCUUCGCCGGGGAGGCGUUUUCGGAGGGGGGAUGGGGGCGGGGAGGUGUUUGUUGAGGAGGAGGAGAGUUCGAGGGGUCAUCCGGAGCAGGAUCAUGUGGUGGAGGUGUUUGAGGAGCAGUCGAGUGUGGAUGGGUCGAGGGUGUCUCGACCGCCGCCGGGACGGAGGUUCGGGAGGGGAUAUCGGAGGGAGGAGAGGGAUCCGUUGGCUUAUGGGAGUGAGCUUAGUUCUUGAAUUUUUUUUUUUUUUU